AGAGAUUCCAUCACUUUCUCAAUUCGACGUGAAGAAUUUUUCGUCUGUUUGCACUUGCGCAUCCUCUUGUUCAUCAGUCAUCAUCAGUAUUAUGGCGACCUUUAUGGUGGUUGGUCAUUCUUAAUAUCUAUACAUUGAAGGAGAGAUAGAGAGAGAGAGAAAGAAACUGUUCCUGCAACAGAUUUUCAAUUAAGAUUACGCUCACCGUUAAACAAUUAAGCAUACGGUAAAAUGGGUUCCACUGAUAGAGAUUUAAAACAGAAACAUGAUAUAGAGCAGAUGGCCGUAAUCGGCAAGAUGCAUAAUAUGCAGUGGCUGAAAAGUAAUUCUCAGUUCUCAGGCCACAUGAAAGUAUUUCCAGAUGGAAAAGAAUUAAUAUGUACUCCGCUAAAAACUAAAGUAAACGAAGGAUCAAAAGACGGUACUGAUGUUGUCUCAGUCGAUAGUGCUUCGAACAGUCCUCAGUUAGAGAACAAUGAUUGUAUUAUGAAUGAAUGUAUAGGCAACAAUAAUAUCAUUACAAAUAACAAUACGCUUGAAUCCACUUUAAAAGUUGUUGACCCGUUUGGGGAAAGUAUUAUGGAGACUACUUGGAAUAAAAAUGUUAAUAUAGCUAGUACUUUAUUGCCAAAUUCUCAAGAAAUAAAGAAGAUGAAUUCACAAGAGAAUAUUGUUAAUGUUACUCUGGAGCAUCUUAGACUCGAAGAGGCCAGAAAGAUUAAAUCCAGCGAGAUGUAUAAUGAAUCGUCUAAUAAAUGGGAUACUAUUCAUGGUAGUUCUGACACGACAAAGGCAGAUAAUAAUGAAAGUAAUCAAAUUAAUUCGAAGCAAUGCCACGAUAAUAAUAACAACAAUGCCAAAUCUAAAGCUCAAACUGCACCAGAGUUACAGAAAGGUAUGCAAAAAUCAACUAACAAGAUUAAUAUUAACAAAACUAACGAUCACAAGGUCAAAAAACAACCAGGAAAUUCAAUAAAGAUGUCUAGUACUACUUCGAAACAGAUUUCUAAAGAUCAAGAUGAUUCGUUGCACUCGUAUAAAAAUGAAAAAAUUUCCAGUACAGACUCUAGAAAAAACUCUGUACCUGUAACUAAGUAUGACAAAUGUAGCAAAGUAAAUGGAUAUAAUAAGCAAUUAUAUACGGGAAAGGGGACGCAAAUGAAGGAGCAGCAGUUUUAUAAGCAAAAUUUUUCUACGUUUAACGAUAAUGGUGACAGAAGAAGAACUAUGGAAGUAUUGGAUGAGAAGAACAGGUCUCAAAGGAAAAGCAGUGAUAUAGAUGAUUCAAGAAAAUGUCACAAAGUUCAAACAACUCGUACUCAAUCAUACAAUGUUCAAUACAAUAGGAAUAAACCAUUGGUCAAGUCACAACAGCAAUAUUUAAGUGAUACAUUCAAGGAAGAAGAAAAUUCGAUCAAUCAUACACCUGGUUUUAAUGAUAACACUAAUUCAACUGAGAACGGAUCAAAGAAAAAAUGUGAAACUAAAUGCAAUACGAAUGAAAGACCCAUGGGGAGACCAUCCGGUUCUGUAUCUUGUAGAAGAAACUAUCAAAAUGCCUCUUAUGCGAAAACCAAUAACGAUAGAACCUCGAAAGAUGAACAGAGCUCUAUGCAGAAGUUCAAGAAAGAUUCUCACACUUACAGGCGUUCUUCCGGCACUUUCCAGCCUUUCCCGAAAGACGCGAACGGCAAAGAGAAGACGGACGACUACAAGAAAACUGUACCAGACUAUUCGUCAAAGGAUUACAAAGCGAAUCAAUCCGAAGGCUCAAAGAUAAGCGUAUGUUCGCAUAAGACAACCAAUGGUGCUAGUAACAAUAAGACUGAUACAUCGGAUUCAACUGUAAAUAAUCUGCAGUCCACGAGAUCAUUGAAUUCUUGGUCAAACAGUACCAAAGAUCCCGCAAACAUAAGCGUGUCCGUUAAUAUGUCGCAAGAGUCGCACCUGUUGCAAGCUCCUUGCAACGGAACUGAAGUACAAUUCGCAAAGACUGAACAAGAUCAUACUAGUAAUAAUAGUAGCAGUAAGAUGAGUACUAGUAGCUCGGAGGCAAAGUCGGUGAAGUUUUCUGACAACGUUCAAGAGAUCCAUACAGCGGGUCAUUCAGAGUCAUCGUUGCAUACCAAUAACGUUAUUCAGCACCAUAAAGUUGCUACGAAUUCGUAUUACUCCGAUCUGCAGCCUGCAUCUAGCGUAAGCAACGCUCAACAACUAGAGAGUCACCAGAGUGUACAAAAUAAGAGUUACUUCGAUAAUAGUGGCGCUCAGGUAGCAAAUCAGAACGCUGAAAGAAACAUGUAUCUGCUGGACCUGGCUAACCAGAAGUCAGAGCAGCAGAACAAUUGCAAUCCGAGUAUGACAAUGAGCAACGUUAUGCCGUACAGCAGCAUGUCUCCGGUAUAUUUGAAUCAGUACAAUAAUGUUCAAAACACAGGUAGAAAGACCGCAGACAGCAGCAUAGUUACUCAUAACACACUGGUGCCGAGCACCUCGUCCUACACCAUGGAGAAUCAGAGUAUCAUGCAGGCUGAACCCUCCAACAUUCUCAUGCAUAGUCCUCAGACCUCGGUGUUGCCAACGUCAUCGGGUUAUCACAACCAUCCCGCGGUCGGUCAGCAUAACCAAUGGAAUUUGUCACUCCCAGAUAUGUUGCUCUUCGGGAAUAUGAUGAACACGGCGCAGCCGAUGAACAUGCAGAUGCACAACUCGAGACACAUGUGUGGCACGGAUUUCAACAGCAUCCAGCAGGGAUACAUGCAACCUCCGAUGUACUACGUGCCGCAGCUGUGUAUGCAGGGUUGGAACCCCAUGAUGCAAUAUCCACCUCUGUUCCAAAACACACCGUUCAGCAACUGCAGCGCAUACCCGAAUCAAGUGCUGCCUUCGAGCACCACAGCCGAUUCUAUCAAUUGCACCUUGGCUACGUCGAUGCAGAGCAAUCCGUACAAGCAGUUCCAGCAAAUACAGCAGCUGGAGAGCAAUCCCAGCUACUCCGUGCCCAUCAAGCUGGAUAAUUACAUAGGAAGUAUGCAGGGUUGCAAGUCGACGAACGUCAGGAUGAAGGACAACGCUAUGGAUGUUCACGCAAGAACCCGUCAAUAUCGAGUUCCCCUAGCAAACGAUUAUCAGAGCUGCAUCCAAGACGGUCAGGGGACGAUGCCCUAUUCUUAUGGAGUCGCCAUGGACCCGGCGAGAAGUGGUUCUACAAACAUGCACAUGCAACUGAGCCAGAAGUACGCGCCGCGCGCUACUGCCAACUAUCAGAGAAUGCCUGAUCAUUGUUCGAUGUUCCAAAGUAACCAGGACCUCAACAGGAAGGACGAUGCGUCGAAAAACGACUCCGAAUGCACUCCACCCAUGGUCUCGCCGAGGGAGUGUAUGUAUUAUGGAAUGAACUAUUCUAGAAAGCCGGACAUUAUUCAAAAUUCGACUCUGCACUCUGACGUCAAACCGAGUAUGGCGUACAUGGGCAGUCUCAACACCCAGCCUUACGUCCCUCAGUACCAUAAGAGCGGAAACUAUCACGCGUCCUCUAAAGAGCUCGCGUCCAGAGCGACUUUUGGUCGUAGUAUCCGCAAAUCGAUGGAGCAGUAAAACUGUAGAAGCAGUCCUUACUGUGGUAGCACCACAAGCGCAUAAUCCAUUUCUUGUUUCCGAGCUAGAUCGUUGCAGUCACACCGUACAAAAUCGUUGCACGUUCAUCCGCGGCCCCUCGGGCCGUUUUUGCAUCGUCGUUAUCUUUGUAUACAGGCUGAAUCGUUCAACGCGAUUACUUGAAAUUAUUCAGAAAUUAUUGCGUGUACGGAAUAUUUUAAGCAAGAGUUCCAUAAUAUCUACGAGGUCAGCGAAUCGUAUAUUAUGUUUAUUACCAGCUUAAGACACUUUUCUGUUCUUUAAAACUUUUAUGAAAUAACGAAAAUGACAAUUUGCUUCGAGAUCCGCGAUAGCUAUUAAUUUAUUGGUAGUCUAUCGAAAUGAUUUCUGUAUGGUUUUAGUACUUUGAAGAUAGUUUGAAGGGAUCGCGUCGAAUGAUUCACACACAGUAGGUACAAGUGUGGGCGGCAUGAAAGUUUUUUAAUCUACUUUAGACAUAUAUUUCACGUGCAUUGUACUUACAUAGAUGUUUGGCAUCAAUUUAGCGAUAGACUCUUUUUCAAAGUUGAGAAGCUUUAAAGGGAUUUUACGAUAUUGUAACUGCCAAUUACGCGAUAGCCUCGUCUUGUUCUAUUUCCUAUGGUAACAAGUGUGAAAGUAGCAGAUCUAUUUUCUAGAAUUCUCUUCGGACAUUUCUAUCGGUCAGUCUAAUGAACUUAGAUUAAAUCAGUGUUACUCGUUACUCGGAUUUCUGUAGGAAAGAAUAUCUUUUUAAUAUCGUGUCAGGGCUCUUGGUAUUCUCGGGAGUAUAUUUUAAGUUCCUAUGAUCGAAAGUAUUAUUCUACGACGAUUUAGCGUUUAGUUUGUGUCACGAAAAAAUUUCGAUUGGUUCUUUUACGUUGUUUUCCUUUUAAAAUAGAAAAGAAAAAGGAAGAUGAGUGAAAGAAGAGAGAGGAGGCUAAUAAUUCGAAGUGUUCGCGAAUCAUACAAGUCUGAUGUAUUUAUUUUUUGUAGGCCAACGUCAAGCCACGACUACGUUUCUUUCCUUCGUUUUCAUUCUAUCGUUUUCCUCUAGUUUCUUUAAAGAUUCGGAGGCAAAAGCAUUUUAUAUAACCAUUUAUUUUUGUUCAAAUAUUACGUAUAUUGUUAAGAAAUACCAUAUAGUUUAUUUUUCGAGGACUUACAAGUUUUUACAAAGUAAAACAUUGAACUUGCCGUACUUGGUAGAUGUUAUAUAGACUAAUUAGAAUAUAUAUACACACAUAUAUAUAUAUUCUUUCUCUCAACAUAUUCUGGUACGCAUUUAUAACCACACAGUAUUAUUCCUUCGAUUUAUAUUAAGAAAACUGCACGCGUCAAUAGAGUUCUCUUUAAACAAAACAAACAAAAAAAAAAAAAAGAAUAGAAGAAGAAGAAGAAGAUGCAAGUAAUUUUUCAUAUGGAUCUAUAUCAAUUACUGGUAACAAGUUACAAAAAAAAAAACCGUACGAAUUAUUAUACAAUUCAUAUAUAAUCGUAAAUACGUGUUAAUGUUCAUUACGAUUUUAUACGAUAUCGUUGAUAGUCCUGUAACUCAAUUUUCGAUAUGUAUUGAAGAAGAAAAAUGAGAGAAAAUCCGACGAAAAAAAGAAACAGAGAAACAUUCAACAGAAUUUGUAGGAAUUUUUUCCGCACGAUUGUCAAUUUCUUUUCCCGUUUACCGACGUGACUCGAUGCGUUGAUAUCGUUCUAGACUCUAGAGCUUCGUGCUUGCGUGUUCGUCCCUCGGCCUGCCGUCGAUUACCAAAUUAGUCACGUCGAUUAAUUCCGCAUCGAACUCCAGGACCCUUUUGCUCAAACUAUACUCCUUCAAAAUCGCCACGAGCUCCGCGUCCGUGUGGGCCACUCGGAUGAUCUCCUCGGACAGCGAUUGAACGCUCUUCAAGACCUCCGCGGACGGCCGCAACAUGAUCAGCUUAUGAUUUUUCUCCUUGAAGUCGCUUAUCACCGUGUUCAACCCCUACAAACGUCACUCAAAUAAAAUUGUACUCAAACGAAACCGACACACACGUUCGAAUCGGUCCUGAAUCUUGCGUCUGCCAGCGAUCGUCGAGCAACCAUCGUCGACCCCGAUGAUUACGAGGAGAGACGCUACGCUUAUUUCUAUCGCUAAUUCGUUCUAGCAGACGACAGUAGACGCUUCUCGUAGCUCGAAGAAGUAAAAUCCAGGACGACCGGUACGCAAAUUAAUCGUUCAAACUUGUUCUACGCACUUGCGCCGCAGUGAAAUCAAUUUUAUCGAUAUGCUUGCAGUCUAGCACGACGAUUCUCGAGUUCUUGAAGGUUUUCAGUAGAUUCUGCUGAUUGUUAGCCAGGUGCUCUAUCAAGUAUAUCCUCAGGUAGUCCACCGCGGGGAAGAGUAACCCCGCGCUGGGCCGCACGAGGAUGUAGCUAACCGCAGGUGUCUGUGUUAACAAUAACAAACAAAUAAACAAAAAAAAAGAAAUAUUUUUAAAAUAGCAACUUCUAAAAGUCUUCGUCGAUCAUUGUUAUGUAUUUACAUUUCUGUAUUCGAUAUAUAUUGUCGGCCUGGCGUUGAAAUAAAUUAAUAUAGCCAGAUCAA